AUGGACCCGCCAUCGUGGGACCCCGGCACGACCUAUGUGUUCGACCUCAUCACCGAUGAGAAGCUGCUGGCGUGGGAGUCGUGCCUCACGGUGCUCAGGCAGGAGACCGACCGCAGCGCGAGAGCGGAUGCCGCGGAGAGGCUGACGGUAUGCGUUGAGCGGCUGGCGAGGGAGCUGUCCACCGAGAGCUUCGAGAAGUUCGAGCUCCAGCUCCACCAGCGGGUGGUCGACAUGUUGGCUGAACCGGAGCUCGCGAAGAAGCUCGGCGCCGUUGCGGCCAUCUACGCGCUGGUUGGCACGGCCAGCAUGCAGGCGGAGGCUACGAAAAAGAAGUUCUCCCUGCAUCUCUCCUACACGCUGGAGACCAGCAAGAACUACGAGCUGCUCAACGAGGUGGCCAAGGCUCUAGGGUAUAUGGCUCGAACGUCCAUCUCUUCGUCGUCGGAGUACGUCGAAAACGAGAUUUCGCAGGCCUUGCAGUGGCUGAAGGAGGAGAACUGGCAUCGGAAGCUGGCGGCUUGCCUGGUGCUGCGAGAGCUUGCCCAGAAGGCCCCCUCGUGGGUGUACGGUAGCAUGCACGACAUCAUCCCGCACAUCGUCAAGGCUGUGCACGGAGACAUCGAAAAGGUACAGGAAAAAAAAAUGAGUCGAAAAAGGUAUUCAUACCACAAGCGGUACAUCGUCUUCCAGCAACUGCGCGAGGGAUUUUCGAAGCCCACCGAAGCCAACGUGCACGGCUCUAUUCUCAUGGCCGGGCCGAUGCUGGAGCACGGGGGUAACUUCAUGAUGCCCCGCUUCGACGAAAUCUGCGCCGCCGUUAUGGGCCUUAAGGACAACCGCUCCCGGUGCGUCAAGCUGUCCGUGACAACGUUGCUCCCGCAGCUGGCUCUGUAUAGCCCGCUCGACUUCAGCCGGAAGUACCUGAUUGAUACCUUGGAAUAUCUCUACGCCAGCUGCCAAAGCAGGUGCGAUCAGAGCGCGUCUGCGUACAAGGCUCUGGGCAAGCUUACCCUCGCGCUAGGAGUCGCGGACUUGAGAAAGGAAGUAGUGGCCCUUGUGGAGGUUGUGCUGAUCGGGGACAGCGAUAGAGAUCGGGACAAGGAGAAGGGGAGAGGAAAGGUGUCGUGCUGCCCGGCUGCGAUGGAGUGUCUGGCGAACAUCACGCAGGCCUUGGGGGAGUUGCUCGCCCCUUUCAUGCCCAAGCUUCUGGGACCGCUCUUCUCGAACGGACUUUCGGAGAGGAUGAUCGCAACCCUCAGGGUGCUGUCAGAGACCCUGCCUUCGCACACCAUCCAAGUGCAAGAGGACGUUAAACGUCUCCAAGAAGAGGAGAAUCUCCGAGUCUUGGCCCUACACACCCUGGGGGCCUUCAAGCUCGACGCCUUCGUGUUGCUGCCGUUUGUCCGGGAAAUUUUGCCGGAGCUGGUCAAAGGACCCCCGGGAAAGGGCCCCAAACAGGGCGGGGUGAACGCUUGGCAGGGGCCCGGGGAGCCCGGGAAAACACAAUUCCCCAGGGGGCCCUCCCCCCAGGGAAACCGGGACACGGACGGGAAGGAUUCCUGGUCCAAAACGAGUUGCCCAAGUGGGGGGAUAAGGGUCAAGGCCAUGUUCGACAUACGCCUCGAUGCGUUAGCGUUACUCGGCAGGCUGGCCCAGUUCAACCCCGCUUACCUGUUGGCUCCCUUGAGCAACGUGCUCAAGCACAUCGUCGUAGCCCUGAAGUACGGGAGCGAGGACAUAAUCAAGGAGCAGUCGACGCGCAUGCUGUGCACCUUCCUGAAGGCUCCGGCCCUCAAGUACUUGGUGCACCCGUACGUGAAGAAGGUCAUCGAGAUUUUGCCGCUCAAGGGGCACCCGCGGCUGGCAACUGCAGCCCUGGAAGCCCUUGGGUGGCUCAGCCUGAGCGCGUCGGAGCUGAUGCUGCCGUUCAUGGACAAGCUCAUCCCCUUCAUGAUCACCAGCAUCCAGGACUCUACCAACGUGAACGGUCGAGAGGUUAGCCUCCGUACCCUCGGGCGCAUCGUGAGCGCCACCGGCUACGUCAUCAAGCCCUACCUCCGUUACCCAACCCUGCUGGACAGCGCCUUCUCCAUUCUCCGAGCGAGGGGCAACACGCGUUGGUCUCUCCGCUGCGAGGUCCUCCGGACCCUGGGGAUACUGGGGGCCCUGGACCCCUACCGUUACGGACAGAUCUUGCUGUACCUUCGGGCGCAGCGGCUGCAGGCGGAGGCUGUGGCGGCUGGGGCGAGUACGAGCAGGGGGGACAUUAGCCCGUCGGCUACCGGCAAUGCCGCCGGAGGAGACGGAGACGGCCUCGCCGCUAGACGUCGAAAAAAAAACGGCGGCGGCAACGCCUUUGCCGGGGGAGUAGGCUCCAACGUUCCGGCCUACCCCCGCGCCGGCAACUUGUCGUCUGUCGGCAUGGGCCAGCCGCCUGGAGGGGGCAAUGAGGGCAUGCCGGCCGGAUCUUCCAUGUCGGUGGCCCUUGACGGGCUGUUCGAGUUCGAUUUCCAUGGUAAUGCGGCCGUUAAUGGAACGAAUGGGCAACCGUGGGCCGGCCACGGUUUGCUUGAGGGGGACGGCGGGCAGGGUGCGGCCCACGAUACUAUGCUCAGCCAGACGCACGAUGAUGAUCAGGCGGCGCACUCCGUGAUGUGGGAGCAGAGCUUCAUGUCGGCGCAGCCGAAUCCCAUCAUGGAGCCGACGACUCUAACGGUUCUUCAGGACAUGUACAACGAGGAUGUCGCUAUCACCAACCUCAUGUUCAUGGUGGCUCCAGCUGUCAUGAGGAUUUUCGCGAGCAUCGGUCACAGGAGCGUGCAGUUCCUCGGCGCCAUCCUGCCCACCAUGUUCUUCGUCAUCAGUCGGUGUGAGGCGGGGCUUCGGUCCAGCCUGCUCAUCCAGAUGCAGAUGCUGGUGCGCAUGCUGAAGAAGGCCAUGACGCCGUACCUUGAGGCCAUCCUUACGCUGGCGGCGCAGUGCUGGGUAACGAGGCUGGACCCGAACUACAAAGAGGUCACAAAGGGUGUCGGGGGACUGCCAGACGUUCACCAGCCGUCCAUCAACUGCACGCCGUUGGAGCGCCGUGCCGACAAGCGUCUGGCGAUGGUUCUGCGGGCGGUGCUGGUGAUGCGCCCUCUGCUGAACCAGCAGCUGAGCAUCGUCCUGCCUGCGCUGGUUAACUUGGUGGGCGUGAUGUCCGAGACCCACCCGGAGCGCGACGACCUGGAGUGGCACCUGGCCUGCCUGCGGACCAUCAGAGGCCUGACCUCCGGCGGCGCACUCUCCCACGUGCCCGCCCUGGCCGCGAACCUCGUCCACGCCUUCGUCAAGCUCCUCUCCGUCACCGGCGGCGGCGGCGGCGGCGGCACCGACGCCCUCGCCGAGGACGGCGGUAGGCACCCCGCCGCCGCCGCUGCUGGCAAGAAGAUGGAUUCCUCUUCUGGCGGAAUAAGCCUCCCCCAGCACCUGUGGGGGUUCAUCGGCGGGGCUAGCUUGGUCGCCCCGUGGGACUUGGGCGUGGGGGGGAGGAGCAACAGUAUUAGGGACGAUGGGUCGGCCGCGAGGCGCGAGAGGAGGGGGGGCGUGCAGCGGAGGAGGGGGGAGUCGCUGGGCGCCAUGGAGGACCACAAUCGGAAUCGCAGGAACAGCACGGGUAGCCGAACUGGCAUCGGGAGGGGGGUAGGCGUGGGGGGUGAUUUGGCCGCCAAGGAGGAGAUGGCGCGACAGCAACGACGUCGGCUUGACUCUUUGCAAGACGCGGGGAUGGAGGUUCUCACCAGCGUAGCGACGCAGCUCGGUAACCGGUUCUUCAUGUUCGAGGGCAUGGCGGACAACUUUCUUGACGGGGCCGGAGCCAGCGAGCAGGCGGCAAGGUACCGCCAGCUGGUGAAGCGCCUCAAGGCCGACGCCGCCGCCAGCACGGUCACCAUGGCUCCCCCCCACGGCGCCAACCCCCCCACCUGGGGCUCCGCGAACCCCUCACCCAACCCCUCCCCCGGCCGCGGCCACGACUACGGCAUCAGGCCCGCGUACACGCUGCCCCCCAACGGGGGCAAGAGUUGGAUGUCGGGUAUACCCCCCCCUGCCGCCACCGCGGGCCCCCCUCACCAGCAGUACCUGAGCAGGGGCGCUUCUCAGGGGGGGUAUGGGGGGUCGUGGGGGGGCGAGGGGGGCGGGGGCGGCGGCGGCAGCAGCGGAGACGAUAGGAGCGGGGGCGGCGGCGGUGGGAAUGAUGGGGACGGCGGCAGCGACGGCGGCGGGGAAGGGUCGGCGUACCGGCCGCUGUCCAUCGCGCUUUUCCACGCCGCCUUUGUUGGCUGCUGGCUUGAACUAUCCGAGGAUGCACAGUCGCACCUGGUGCGGUCGCUGAAGCAGGUGAUGAGAAACCAGAAUGUGCCUCCCGACAUCCUGCAGACGCUGCUCAACCUUGCCGAGUUCAUGGACCACGAAGUAGAGGGUGAAGCACUGCCCAUCGACAUCAGGUUGCUGUCCAACCUCGCGGAACGAUGCCACGCCUAUGCGAAAGCUCUCCACUACAAGGAGCUGGAGUUCGCUACGAAUCCGGCAAUAUGCAUCGAGUCCCUGAUAGCGAUCAACAAGAAGGUUGGGCAACCAGAGGCUGCCAUGGGUAUCCUCACCUACGCCCAGAACAGGCUCGGGGGUGAGGUGUCGGUCGAGGACGAUUGGCUCGCCAAGCUUGGACACUGGGAUGAAGCCAUCAUCUUGUACCGCCAGCGGCAGGAGGCCGACCCCACGGACACAGGCGCUAUCCUUGGGUGCAUGAAGUGCAUGGACGCUAUGGGGGAGUGGGGGGACCUCGUAAGCCUCUGCAACAGCAGCUGGGACCACAUCCACACCGUCGGCGGGGAUGCGGCCGUCGCCAGGAAGGCCGCGACCAUGGCGGCGAGGGCGACUUGGAGCAUGGGCGACUGGGCUCACUUCGAGCAGUUCGUGGGCUUCACUGAGGAGAACGUGGUGGAAGGUGCCUACCUCAGGGCCGUCCUGGCGCUGAGAAAGGAAGACUUGGAGCAGUGCACCAGGUUCGUGAACCAUGCUCGCCAGCUGCUGGACAACACCUUCACGACUCUCAUCGGAGAGUCGUACAAGCGGGCCUACAACAGCAUGGUCAUGGUGCAGCAGCUCGCGGAGCUGGAAGAGAUUGUCGACAUCAAGAGGUCUGUGAGCGCCCUCUCCAAAACCAGUACUUUCGGUCCAAGCGGCUCCCACGCCCCAGGGGGCCCCGCAGGGCAAACUCCAGGCACCAAGGGGGGGGGACCAAACGCUCAAAAACUCUGGAAACGCCUCCGGAAAACCUGGAAACAAAAGCUCGGGGUGUCCGUCAUGCAGCGCAUCCUGAUGCUGCGUGGGCUGGUGCUGACGCCUGAGGAGGACAUUGAGGCCUGGCUGCAGUUCGCCAGCCUCUGCAGGGUCAAGAAGAACUACCGCAUCGCUAAAAAGGUGCUGGACGCUCCCGUGGGCCUGGCUUCGGGCAACGAGUCGUACGACAACGAUGACGGGCUAGGAGUAGGUGGAGACCUCACCGGGGAGCUGAGGCAGCAGCUCUACCAGCCGACGAGGCGCAGCCUCCCCAUCAAGCACAAGCUCAUGUUCGCGUGGGUGAAGCAGCGAAAGGCUCAGAACAAGAUGGGCGAAGCCCUGAAAGACCUCUCUCGGCUGGCAGCAGAGCUCUCCGAAGAGGAGAACUCCCUCAAGGUCAAGUGCCUCCUCAAGAUGGGCAACUGGGAGCUGAGCCAGGUGGCCCCCUCGAAGCCUUUGCCGGUACCCGUGCGCGACCGCGUGUUCACGGCUUUCAAGAAGGCCACGGAGUUAGAGGAGGACAACUACAAGGCUUGGCACCACUGGGCGAUGGUGAACUUCCGUGUGGUGGAGCUGGCCAUGCAGGAGGCCAGCAUGAGCAGGGGAGGGCAGAGGUUCAGACCAGGGCCUGGCAGGGGUUCGGGACGGCUGUACGGCAGGCAGACUGAGCAGGAGCGGAAGGUGUUCACGGAGAGGCUCGUUAGCGCGGCGAGAGGGUUCAUGAGGGCCAUCAUGCUCGGCAAGAAGAAGUGGAGCGCCCUUGUGCAGCAGCUGAUCGCCUGCAUGAACCACAAGGACGAGGUCUGCCGGAAGGCGCUACACAAGCUGCUCAUGCGCCUGGGCGAGAAGCACCCCCAGGCAUUGGUGAACCCCCUCUCUGUCGCCCUGAAGAGUCCUAAGGAGGACAGGAAGGCGGCGGCGGAGAAGCUCAUGCAGCACAUGGUGCUCAACAGCAACUUCCUCGUCAAGGCAAGAGAGGCAUUGCUGGUGAGCACGGAGCUCAUCCGCGUGGCAAUCCUGUGGCACGAGCAGUGGCACGAGGGCUUGGAGGAGGCGUCGAGACUGUACCACGGCGACCACAACAUCCCGGCCAUGCUCAAGUUCGUGGAGCCACUUCACAAGGAGCUCGAGAAGGGUGCAUCCACUGCAAAGGAGGACAGCUUCCAGAAGGCGUACGGCAAGGAGCUCUCUCAAGCCUGGGCCUCCAUAAAGAAGUACCAGGCCAUCAUGGAGCCGGGACACAACCCCGAGGGCGCGAGGCUGCACGGCGGGGCGCUGAACCACCUCAAUCAGGCGUGGAACCUGUACUACGAUGUCUUCAGGAAGAUCAACAAGCAUCUACCUCAGAUGUCGGUGCUGCAGCUUGAGCUGGUGAGCCCGUUGUUGCUCAAGUCUCGCGACCUGUCUCUUGCGGUGCCUGGCACGUACCGCGUAGACAACAGCUGCGUCAGGAUCCACAAGUUCCUCCCGGACGUUCAGGUCAUCCCUUCCAAGCAGAGGCCCCGCAAGAUCACGAUGCAGGGGGAGGACGGGCGCGACUACGUGUUCCUCCUCAAGGGCCACGAGGACCUCCGUCAAGACGAGCGGGUCAUGCAGCUUUUCGGACAGGUCAACGCUCUGCUGGCCAAGGACAGGCGAAAUUACAGCCACGACUUGUCCAUCCAGCGGUACGCCGUUUCUCCCUUGAGUCACAACGCCGGGGUGGUCGGGUGGGUCCCGAACACCGACACCCUGCACCAGCUCAUCAGAGACUACAGGGACAGCCGAAAGAUCGUGCUGAACAUCGAGCAUCGACUCAUGACCCAAGCGACGAUACCGUGCGAGUACGACACCUUGACCCUGAUGCAAAAGGUGGAGGUGUUCGAGAUGUCCCUACAGCACACGGCGGGUCAGGACCUCUACAAGGUAUUGUGGCUCAAGUCUCGGCACAGCGAAGCGUGGCUAGAGCGGCGGACGUGCUACACGCGCUCUCUGGCGGUCAUGAGCAUGGUCGGUUACAUCCUGGGGUUGGGAGACCGCCACCCGUCUAACCUGAUGCUCGACCGCUUCACCGGAAAGAUCCUCCACAUCGACUUCGGAGACUGUUUUGAGGUGGCGAUGAACAGGGGAAAGUUCCCCGAGAAGAUUCCCUUCCGCCUGACGCGUAUGCUGGUGAACGCUAUGGAGAGAGGCUAUUAUGUUGUUGUCAGGAAACUCCUUCCACCCACACUUGACGGACUGCCCCCCCCCCCCCCGGGGAGCGGGAUCCAGGGGAACUUCCCAAACACGUGCGAACUGGUUAUGGAGGGGCUCCCCGAGUCCCGCGAGAACCUGGGAACCCUGCUGGAAACCUUCGUGGAUGAACCGCUCAUCUCAUGGCGUCUGCUUGAAAGGAAACAAGAAGGGGCCCAACCCCCCGGUAGUAACCACCACUCUACUAACACUGCCGGGGGUGCUCCCUCCGAAACUCCCGCUCCCACCGACCCUGUCGCUGCGGCCGUGCCACCCGACGGCGCACAGGGACAGCAGCAACAGCAGCAACAGCAGCAACAACAGCCCUUGAACGCGAUGCCGCAGCAAGCGUACGCAAUGCCACCCCCGCAAGCCACAGCCGUUCCGCAGCAGCCACCGCCGACGCCACGCAUCGGGCCGAUGAAUCCAGGUCAGCGAGGGCCCGGGCGUGCGCAGCAUCCACAGCAGCAACCCUACCACCACCAGCAGCGGCAGCAGGCGCCGCAGCAACGCGGCAGCAGCUUGGGACCACAGUUACAGCAGCAGCCGCCGCUACAGCAGGAACAGUUCCAGCAGCCUCCAGGGGGCAGCAGCAACGUGGGCCCGGUGCCACCGCGACAGCAGCAGCAGCAGCAGCACGUUGGGCGGCUGGGACGACUGCUGCAGGAGACCGCGGGGCCAGACGGCGCUGCCUCGGGCGACCCGCCGCCCCACCCGGGCGGGAACGCCGUGGGGGACCCUUCCGCCUCAGUGCGAGUCGCUCUCGCCCCGCCCGCCGCCGGGGGGGGGGCUCGUGACGGCUGGAGGACGGCCGCUGCUCCGCCACAGCACGUGGUUGCCACUGCCGCUGCCGCCGCGGGUAGUGGUGCCGGUGUGGAGGCCAGCGGCAACCAGAGCGGCGGCGGCGGCGGCGGCGGCGGCGGCGGCGGCGGCGACGGCGGCGGUAGCCAUACCGCAGCCAGCGGGCGAGUCUCCCAAGACAGCUACGGCCAACGGUACCACGAGCAGCAGCACCCACCACAAGCGGUUAAGCAAUACGCCAGCAGGGUCGGAGUGGGCGGACUGAUGCCACCGCCGCCGCCGCCACCGCCACUACCACCACCACCUUCCGCCAGAGCAGUAUCCUACAGGGUAGGCCCCUCCUCUCUGUCCGGUCGCCCCCUUACCUUACAGCCGGUGCACGAGCUCCGGUCAAGGUACGGGCGCGGCGGGGCCGACUCCGACACCGAGGUCGGGAGCGACGUGGGCACCGAGGAGAACGACGAGACGCCUAGGUCGCCGCAGUCUCGUACUGGCAGCAGAGCGGGCGAAGCCGGCGGCGGCGGCCGCGGCGGCCGCGGCGGCCGCGCCACCGAUUCCGGUCGAGAUGAAGCCGUCAGGAAGGAAGACCCGGGCGGGGAAUGGGCCGGGCAACGCCAGGCCGGCUACGCGAUGACGGGAGGCGGCGGCGGCAGCGGCGGCGGCGGUUCCGAGAGUGUCGAUGAAGGCGGCGCGAGAGAAGGGUUGCCGCCAGGCGGACGGCCGGAGGAGCUCCGCAGCGUCCCGCCGACACCGUCCGGGCCCGUCGUCGUCGCUCCGGGGAUCGGUGCCGCUGGCGUGGGAGGCGGGCGGCGUGUGUUCUCCGGGAUCAUCGAGCCGCCUUCGCCCCGCAAUGCCGUCGACGGCAGCGACCACGGGUUCGAUACGUCCUCGCCGCGCCAACAAGACGACGCGAACCUCCCGGUCCUGGGCACGAGCAACGAGGGCGGUAUAGACGAGGCCGCCGCCGCGAGCGGCGGGGCCUGGGGAACAGGGGGGGUACCGAUGGAUCACGGCCCCCCCGUGGGUCGCGACGAGGAAGAUGGGGGUGAGGAUGUUGCGGGGCCCCUCGGUGGCUUGAGAUCACCGUCCGCGGACGGAACUAAGCGCGACGGGGCUGUCGAUGGCAGCAACGGUAACACCAAGGCUUUGCCCGAACGCCAAUCGGCUAAGGCGGCGGUGGCGGCGGUGGGGGGGGGGAGGGACGCGGACCGACCGAGGAGCUCAUCGGUGGCCAUUCAGAGCUCGAGCUUCCGGCCUCACAUGCACGUCAGGAUGCAGGCACUCUCGGCCCUGAGACACGAAUCGUACUUGUCCUCAAGGGCGGGCCUUACGGUGGGUCCUGCCGGCGGCGGGGUAGACGACCUCCCCGCGGAGAUGGCUUCCAUCGCUCGCUCCAUCGCAGCUUCCAGGUUUUCGCGGAGCACACGGGAGCGGGACCUGCAGCAGGAGCUAGGGCCGGAGGGGACCUCCGCGCCCCAAGAGGCGCUCAACGAGAAGGCGGUUAAGGUCAUCAGGAGGGUGCAAGACAAGCUGUCUGGUUUGGAGUUCGGGGAUGGCGACGAGCCACCCUACCCCGUGAAGGCUCAAGUCGACUUGCUCAUCAAACAGGCGACGUCCAACGAAAGGCUCUGCCAGUGCUUCAUUGGAUGGUGUCCUUUCUGGUGACCUUGGAACUCUUGCGAACCGUCUUGGUGCUCCUGUAGUGAAUAGUCGGGCCCGUAAAAAGAGAAGUCUGUUGGAGGAAUGGAUUUGACCUGCCCCGUUGUGUGAAUAAUGUUCCAGGGUUGACAACGACGUGAAUCGGCCGUUGUUGUCCGUUGUGGGGGUAGUGUUGAAAUGUGAUUCAGCGGGACCCUAGGUCACCGGUUGUUGCACGCGCUUCACGUGCGGUGGAUGGCCGAGAAAGUGUGGACUGCUGGAGAUUGGCGCAUUUUUGGGUUCCCAGCGCGAAGUAAUCUUUCGGCCUAUUUCGAAAACUCUCCCUCAGAUAGCGGUAUUCUGGCUGUACUUC